AUGACAUCUCUGCAAUUACACUUCUCUGUUCACUUCCUCCGUCCAAAACACCGUCUCCGCUACUCUCCUAUCUUCAAUACCCGCACCUUCAACUUUCCCGGGAAAAUCACUUUCAGACUCAGAGCUAAACCUAAUUCGCUCCGUUGCUUCGCUCAAUCAGAAACGAAGGAAGUAAGUUUACCUGAGAAAGAUGAACGUUCUCCGUUCGAUAUCAAUCUCGCCGUUAUUCUCGCUGGUUUUGCUUUCGAAUCCUACGCUUCACCUCCGGAAAAUAUUGGCAAGCGUGAGGUUAAUGCAGCUGGAUGUAACACUCUCUACCUCUCUGAGUCAUUUGUUAGGGAGAUAUAUGAUGGACAAUUGUUUAUUAAACUCAAAAGAGGAUUUGAGUUUCCUGCUUUAGAUCCAUGGGGAACGAGUGAUCCUUAUGUGGUGAUGGAUUUGGAUGGUCAGGUUGCUAAAAGCAAAACCAAAUGGGGGACAAAAGAGCCGAAAUGGAACGAAGACUUUGUUUUUAAUAUCAAGCUGCCUCCUGCAAAAAAGAUAGAGAUUGCAGCUUGGGAUGCAAACCUUGUUACCCCGCAUAAACGUAUGGGGAAUUCCGAAAUCAACCUGGAAUCCGUUUGUGAUGGAAACUUGCACAAGGUGCUAGUAGAACUAGACGGAAUUGGAGGUGGUGGGAAAGUUCAACUGGAGAUUAAGUACAAAGGGUUUGGGGAAGUUGAAGAAGAAAAGAAGUGGUGGAGGUUCCCAUUUGUUUCAGAAUUUCUUCAGAGAAAUGAAAUUAAGUCAGUUCUGAAGAAUUUUGUUGACUCUGAAGCAGUUGAGUCAGUUUUGAAAAAUCUUGUCGACUCUGAAGCUGUGCCAGCACGUCAAUUUGUAGAGUAUGCCUUUGGACAGUUAAAGUCACUCAAUGACGCUCCUCUUAAGAAUACUGAACUUUUAAACAAUACUGCUGAGGACUCUGAAGGAGCAAGUUCAGAGGAUUCGUCAGAUCAACAUCGCAGUACUAAUCUGAGUAGUUCAGGAAAGCUUAGCAAAGACAAAGAUGGUGAUGGCGAUGGUCACGGCAAUGAACUGGAGGAUGAUAAUGAAAGUGGCAGCAUUCAGUCAGAAAGUAAUUUCUGGGAUAACAUCCCUGACAUAGUUGGUCAAAAUAUCGUCCAGAAACUUGGCCUUCCUUCACCUGAGAAAUUGAAGUGGAAUGGAACGGAACUACUUGAAAAUUUUGGUCUACAAUCGCGAAAAACUGCAGAAGCCGGUUACAUUGAAUCAGGGCUUGCCACUGCUGAUACUCGAGAAGCAGAUGAUGAAAAGGAAGAUGGUCAGGUCGCUAUUAAUGCAUCCAAGUCUUCCCUUGCCGACAUGAAGAAUGCGACACAAGAAUUACUUAAGCAGGCUGAUAAUGUCUUUGGUGCAUUAAUGGUUUUAAAAGCAGUAGUGCCUCAUUUAAGUAAGGACAGUGUUGGUUCAGAGAAGGUCAUAGAAAAAAAUGGUUCUUCCAGUGUAACAGACGAUGUCUCUGGUUCCUCUAAGACCGAAAAAAUCUCUGGUCUAGUGAAUGUUGAUGGAGCGGAUGAAAAGAACGCUGAAGAAAUGAAAACACUCUUUUCUAGCGCAGAAAGUGCCAUGGAGGCAUGGGCAAUGCUUGCAACUGCUCUGGGGCAUCCAAGCUUUAUCAAAUCUGAGUUUGAAAAGCUAUGCUUUCUAGAAAACGACAUCACUGACACACAGGUGGCAAUUUGGCGUGAUGCAAGGAGGAAAAGAGUAGUUAUCGCUUUCAGAGGAACUGAACAGACAAAGUGGAAAGAUUUGCAGACUGAUCUGAUGCUAGUUCCUGCUGGUCUGAAUCCUGAACGAAUUGGCGGGGACUUCAAGCAAGAAGUACAGGUCCAUAGUGGAUUUCUGAGUGCAUACGAUUCCGUAAGGAUAAGAAUUAUAUCGCUGCUCAAAAUGACAAUUGGCUACAUAGACGAUGUUACUGAGCGUGAAGAUAAAUGGCAUGUUUAUGUGACUGGUCAUAGCUUGGGUGGCGCAUUAGCUACACUCUUGGCUCUCGAACUUUCGUCCAGCCAAUUAGCUAAACGUGGGGCAAUCACUGUUACCAUGUACAACUUUGGAUCUCCAAGAGUAGGCAACAAACAAUUUGCUGAAAUUUAUAAUCAGAAAGUAAAAGACAGCUGGAGAGUUGUAAACCAUAGAGACAUAAUUCCCACAGUCCCUCGCUUAAUGGGCUAUUGUCAUGUUGCUCAUCCUGUUUAUCUCAGUGCUGGAGAUGUGGAGGAUAUUGAGUUCCAGAAAGAUGGUUAUCAUGCUGAGGUGAUUGGCGAAGCGACACCCGAUAUUCUUGUUAGUAGAUUUAUGAAAGGUGAGAAGGAACUCGUUGAGAAGAUACUUCAAACGGAAAUUAAAAUAUUCAAUGCACUUCGUGAUGGAAGUGCCCUUAUGCAGCACAUGGAGGAUUUCUAUUACAUCACAUUGUUAGAGAAUUACACUGUGACUUAAAGUUAGAAAGAUUCAGUCCCUCACAGGAUAGUGACAUUUAAACAUCGCCAACCCUUUUUUGGAUGGAGCAUGUGUUGGUUUGAGACUGCUAGUAAUUUCCAUAUCUCAUUGGCAUCAUUUUUUGUUGUCAAUCUUUUCAGAGUGUGAAGUUAUAUUACAAAACUGUUGAAGAUCCGAAAGGCGUUGAAAGUACUACUAUCCAAUCAGUGGGAGAGAGCUAAGUGAGAGCAUGUAGUGGCUCGCUUCAGCUGUAUAGGAUUCACACUGUAUACUAUAUACAAGAGACAAGCAUCCAUUGUAAUUAUUUUAUAGUGAUCUGUGGUUCAGUCGUGUAAACUUAAACGUAGACAUGGUAUCAAAAGGGGACAAGAUGGUUGGAAUUUAUCACAAUGCGUAUAGAUGAAAUUUGAACAUU